AGGGCAACGUCUUGAGGCCCCCCCUCGACUACCCCUUCUCAAUUCCCACAUCUUCAUGUCCCUUGUAACAUGGAGGAAAUUAUGGCAUCUUUCCCUGCUCUUAGCUCUCUCCCUUUCUAACCAACCAUAAAAGCUCUCACAUAACACCAAACACACACGUAGUUUUUGUAGCAAAGAAACCCAUCAGUCACAAAGAAAGAAAAGAAACCCACUUUCUGUUUUAUCAUUGUAAUCAUAUCAGAGCUCCUAUAAUUGUAUACCAUACUUUUGCCCCCAUCACUUUAAUUGAAAGUCGAAACAAGUUCAAUUUAUCAUUCCGAAACCUCUUCAAGCAGAGAAAAUCUCAAGGAGGGAAAAAGAAAACGAUAUGGAGAUUGAAUCAGUCCAGUGUGAGUGUUGUGGACUGAAAGAGGAUUGCACCCAAGAAUAUAUUAGUGAAGUGAAGGCCAAGUUUGAUGGCAAGUGGCUGUGUGGAUUGUGCUCAGAAGCUGUUAGAGAUGAAUUUAGCAGAGGUAAAAAGCAGUUUGGAAUGGAAGAAGCUGUGAGAGCUCACAUGUCAUUUUGUGGUAAAUUCAAUUCGAAUCCAGCAGUUAGAGUAGCUGAUGGUAUGAAGCAGAUGCUGAGAAGACGGUCAGGAGACUUGUCUUCAUCAAAAUCUUCUUCUAAGAAGUAUUCAAGGUCGGCAAGCACAAAACUGUACUGAUUGAGGGCGGGGGAAUGAAAUAAAGGAGAGGACUCUUCCUUGCAAAAAUAAUAUUGAUAGCUAGUCAUUCGUGGCCAGUGUCAACUUGUCUUGUACAGAGCAUGCUACCCCAAAUGAGGCUUCCUCUUAGUUUUACUUUUCACUUAAACUUGGUGUACUUUUCAACUCUUUUUGUUGGCUAAGAGAUAAUUAUGGAGACAGAAAUUUUGAAGGGAAAA